ACUGCAUCGGUGCAUCCCGUCUCCUCUGACCUCUCUCCUCUCUUGACUGCCAUCCACUCUCUUGACUGCCAUCCACCACCUCCACAUUCAAAUCGACGCAAAUUUACAACGAUGACAUCCCCUACCAUACCAGUAAACAUAAACAGUCCCCGAAUAUCCCAUGUCGUGCUCGACGGCACACCCAGCGGAAGUCCCGCACUUACGGGCACCCCAGACUUGCGCGCAAUUCGCGCUCACUACGCAGGCACACCGCCGCUGCCAAAUAUUCCACCACGCUCAUCAGCGUCUAUUUCUGGAAGCGUUACUCCUCGCGCCUCAGAACCUCUCAUCGGGCGCAGUUCUACACCGAUUCCAGUCUCAGCCUCCCCAAUUGGCGGUAUCAGUGCACGCAGGCCCGGCGUUCAAGGUUCAUCUACCGGGGGGACACCUGCGAGCGGAGGAGACGCAAAUACAUUCGCUGUGGACCUCGACGACUUGCCUGAUGAGGAGAAGGCGAAGAUCCUGCGGCGGCAUCUCGUCUCUCGGAAUGUGCGCUCAGGCAGUGGGUCAGAUGGCAAUGUGUCGAGGAGGAGCUCGGCAGGUCAGAUGCGCGGACCGCGGAGGGAGGACACGGAGCAAUUUCCAGUGCCGUAUCAUGCCCUGGGCGCAGAUGUGACGCAUGACAUCUACAAAUGGCAAGUGGAUCAACGGCGUCAAGCGCGCCCUCGUGCAGCGUCGUUCGCCGGGUCGACUGCAACAGCGCCAGAUCCUGCCUUCGAGCACAUACACGAGCCAGGAGGGUUCCGCCGCAACUACUUGAUGCUCCAUGCGGGAGGCACUCAGAGCGAAGAACCUCAUAUGAUUCGGAACUUUAUCGACUUUUUGUACAUGUUCGGGCACUUUGCUGGUGAGGACUUGGAGGAAAUCGAAGAGGAGGAUGAGGAGAGUGAAGAAGCUGAGGAAAGUAAUAUCGAGGAGAGGGAGGAGAGACUCGAGGAUGAUACGCUUUUAGGCGGUCGAGGCGUUGGCCCAUCGCGACUUUUCCAGGUGCGGGAUGUGGAGGAUGGGACGGCUCCGACGUUGCGUGUCCAUUCUAUCGAACCCUCGAAACUUGUUCACGACGAGAAUACGCCGUUAUUGGAGCGUUCGAAAUCCCGCUCCCACUCGAGGCGGAGACGAAUGAGUGUUGGGCCGCAUGGGGACGCAACAGUAGGGCAGGCGAUACUUAUGUUACUCAAGUCUUUUGUUGGCACAGGCGUGCUGUUCCUUGGCAAAGCGUUCUUCAAUGGCGGGAUAUUGUUCUCAGCUAUCACCAUCUCCGUCAUCGCUCUCAUCUCAUUGUACUCCUUCCUUCUGCUUGUACAGACCAAGUUUGCCGUGUCAGGAAGUUUUGGAGACCUCGGAGGCAAAUUAUACGGCCCAUGGAUGCGGUACAUGAUUUUAUCUUCGAUCACGAUCUCCCAAAUUGGUUUCGUAGCCGCGUACACAAUAUUCGUUGCGGAAAACCUGCGAGCAUUUGUGGCUGCCGCGACACACUGUGCCGCUCUGAUCCCUACGCGCACGCUCAUUAUUGCGCAGCUUGUAGUGUUCCUCCCGCUCGCGCUCAUCCGUAGCUUGGCAAAGCUCAGCACAGCGGCACUUGUUGCGGACGCGUUCAUCCUCGCAGGUCUGGUCUACAUUUUCGGCAGUGAAUUCGCAGUCAUCGCUGCGCGCGGUGUUGCGAAGGUCGAACUAUUCAAUCCGAAGGAUUUCCCGCUUUUGAUCGGGACGGCAGUGUUUUCGUUUGAGGGGAUUGGUUUGGUCAUCCCGAUUACCGACUCUAUGCGCGAGCCGCAUAAGUUCCCGGCAGUUCUCUCGGGUGUGAUGAUAUUCCUCCUUGUCCUCUUCGGCGGUGCGGGCGCGCUCUCCUACCUUGCUUUUGGAUCGGACGUCCAAACCGUCGUGCUAGUUAAUCUUGAUUCGCGCGCGCCCGCUACUCAAGCCGUUCAGUUCCUUUACUCGCUUGCGAUCCUGCUCUCCGUCCCGCUUCAGCUCUUUCCAGCGGUGCGCAUCAUGGAAAAUGCGCUGUUUGGGCAGAGGCGCUCGGGUAAGGCCGCUCCGCGCGUCAAGUGGGCGAAGAACGCGUUCCGCGCAGCCGUCGUGCUUGGAUGCACUGCGCUCAGCUGGGCGGGCGCCGCGGACCUGGACAAGUUCGUCGCGUUUGUGGGGAGCUUUGCGUGCGUGCCUCUAUGCUAUGUCUACCCACCGAUGCUCCAUUAUAAGGCUUGCGCCCGCACGCGGAGACAGAAAGCGGCCGAUAUCGCGCUUAUGGUAUUCGGUUCUAUCGCUGCGGCGUACACGACUAUUCAAACAGUCCGACUCAUGGCCGCACCAGAGCCUGCCGCGCCUCCUCAGUUAGGGAACUGCGAGUCCGGAGACGGCUUCAAUAUGCUUAGGCUCUAGGAGCAGGGCGGAGGGAGCCUGGGACAGUGAGAACCGCUCAUGUAGGCUGCUCUCAGGUAGGCUGUGUGCAGGGGAGAAAUCUUGUAGCAGUGUGGGUGCGUGUCGCCAUGACCUCGCGCGGAUCAGCCCUUUACGGUGCGGUUGCGUUGGUGCGGGGGGAAGGAGCUUGAAUUUGAGAACCAUUUCUGGUCCGGUUUUGUCUUUCUACGCAUUCGCUUCAUCCUUCGCAUAUCAUCGCAUCGCAUCGCACGGAUAUAACAUUUCAUCUGAUUGCAUAUUUUCAGUUUUGUCCAUGUGAGUGUAGAUACUUCCUGUGCUCAGGAUGUGUGCGGCUCGUGAUCGGGGGUGGGUUCCUCACGACGGUUCAUUUGAGUCUACACGAUCGUGGGACCAUGCUCGAUGGUAGAUAUAUGUAUGUAUGCUGCGUGUUUCAUACAUACCGACAUGUGCCAAUCUAAUGCGUGUGCAACUC